UCACACCUCUCGCUCUCUCUGGUGUCUUCUAGUGACUUCGAUCCCGCGUUUACACGUCGCCUCCUCGUCCUCCAGGCUCGCUCGCAUUCCACUUCUGUUAUAGGCGACCCCGAUCGCGUCGCCCGCGAGUGAUCUCACCCCCGGCCAUGGACACGCAUCAUGCUCUACCGGAUCCCGAUCGCCCCGCGCGCCUCCUCCCCUCCGCCUCCGCGGGAUCCCGCCGCCGGAUCGCCAUCGCCGUCGACCUCAGCGACGAGAGCGCCCACGCUGUGAGCUGGGCCGUACGGAACUACUUGCGCCCCGGGGACGCCGUCGUCCUCCUCCAUGUCCGCCCCACCAGCGUCCUCUACGGCGCCGAUUGGGGCGCAGUCGACCUCUCCCUACCGGCCGGCGACGACGACGCGGAGAAUGGGCUCCCUGCCUCAGAGGAGUCGCAGCGGAAGAUGGAGGAGGAUUUCGACGCCUUCACCACGAGCAAGGCGCAGGACCUGGCGCAACCCCUCGUGGAGGCGCAGAUUCCCUUCAAGAUCCACAUCGUCAAGGACCACGACAUGAAGGAGCGGCUGUGCCUCGAGGUGGAGAGGCUGCGUCCUAGCGCGGUUAUCAUGGGGAGCAGGGGAUUUGGGGCCGCCAGGAGCGUCAGCAAGAGCCGUCUCGGAAGCGUCAGCGAUUACUGCGUCCAUCACUGCGCUUGCCCCGUGGUGGUGGUCCGUUACCCUGAUGAUGGGGCUGGUGCUGGAUCUGGACUGGACAAUGGAGAGGCCAAGAAGUUAGACGAGGGGAUCGAGCUUCACCUGGCGCCAGAGGAGGAACAGGAGUAUCACGAUGCUGCUGAGGAACAAAAAGCUAUGUAGGAGAGCUGAAUCACCUCUGGAAAGUUCCAUAGCAGACGUCGCCCCACACAUCAGGUUCGUCAAAGAUGGCAUAAUCCCUGACAGUUUUCAGGUGUGAUUCACCAGUUUUAGAUGCCGUUCUCUUUUAUUUGAAUAUUGAAUGUGUUGCUAAAAUAUUCAGCUAACCCUCCAUAUUGGCUGUCUGCCAGAGCUUGCUGCUAAAUGUUUGUUGUAAUCAAAUUAGCGAGUACUAAUCAAUUUUGUCCCAUAAUUGAUGAUUUAAUCGGUUUUAAGCCAGAAGGGAUUUAAUAAAACUUAAGAGAUCCAGUAUUAUUUGCAGUUCUUUUCUUAAUUCCUUGAGUUUGUUUGUUGAGUUUUUCAGUUCUGUCAUUGUAAUCAUGUGUCAAGACUGUUUACAUUACUGUUUGCUUAUGUUUAGGCCAUAAAAACACACCCAAAUAUCUGGAGUUCUUUUUUGCCA